UUUUCCAUUUUGAUAUGUUUUAUUGAAGAGAAUAUGAUCCGUUUUUCUGUUUCCGAAUAGGAAAAUCCGGCCGAGAAUGACCUUAUCUGUACUCUACAAAAUAAUCCUGCUGGCCUUUCUCGAGCCCGUUAUAGACCAGAACUUGUACUAUAUGGGAAUGAAAUACACAACGGCUACUUUCACUUCCGCCAUGGGCAACGUUCUUCCCGCCAUUACUUUUGUACUAGCUUGGGCACUAAGGCUUGAAAGAGUGAAUAUUAGGAGAUUACAAGGCCAAGCUAAGAUUGUGGGGACAUUGGUAACCGUUGGUGGGGCCAUGAUCAUGACUCUUGCCAAAGGCUCCGUUAUUGGGCUACCUUGGACCAAACCUAAGCCCAAUUCCCAAAGUGAUGACGAGUUGAAGGCCCAUCAAGAUCCAAUCAAGGGAGCUAUCUUGAUCACGGCCGCUUGUUUUUGUUGGUCCAUCUUUUACAUACUACAGGCGACUACAUUGAAGUCAUAUCCAGCUGGACUUUCACUGACGAGCCUAAUAUGCAUGGCGGGAGCUUUGCAAGGGGCCGUGUUGACUCUAGCCGUCGAGAGGUGCAACACGGCCAUAUGGUCCAUAGGAUGGGAUAUCAAACUCGUAGCUUAUGUUUAUGGCGGAAUAAUGUGUUCGGCAAUUACUUACUAUGUUUCGGGUGUCAUAAUGGAAGAAAAAGGACCUGUUUUCGUCACCUCGUUUAAUCCUCUGAAUAUGGUCAUUGUUGCGGUUUUGAGCUCUUUCAUCUUGGCCGAGCAAUUGGAUGUGGGAAAGGUAGCCGGAGCUAUGGUAAUUGUUAUUGGAUUGUACUUAGUCAUUUGGGGCAAAAGUAAAGACGAGAAAGAAUUUUUCUAUGCCGAGACUGAAAUCGUUGGUCAACAAAAUGCGACAUCCAUUGAUAAUCUUUCUGCAAAAUCAACAAUAUCUGGCGAUACUGUUGUUUGAGAAGGAGAUGUUUUGUAAUAAAUAAUAUAAAUGGUUUGUUAAAACAUCAAUGAACUCCAAAUUUGCACUUAAAUUGUAUUAGUCCAUCAAGUCUUGAAUACUUCUUUGAGAGAGUAACG